AUGGAACCAACUUUACCAAGUUCCUCAAGGGCAAGGGAAAUAAACCCGGUGAAGUGUGGAAAACAUGAAGUUCUACUGGGUGAUGAAAUUCUUCUUCUGCAUGGCGAUGACUCUGAAAUAUCAGAUGACGAAAUUGUUUUAGAUGAUGAAAGUGACUAUGAUCCAUCAGGAACUUGGAACUUUAGGAGCAGGAAAUGCAAAUUGCCUGAGUUAUAUGUGGAUAUGCAAGGAUCUGCAGGCUAUGGGAUGUUUAGCUUGAAUUUAGUUACGCAGGCAAAUCUAUACUCUACUCAAGUGUUACAACAAAGUAUAAACACUAGCGCCAAUGAAAUAAGACAGUUCAUUGGCAUUCAUUUACUAAGUGGUAUUUUCAGGAGGUAUUUGCUUGUGAACGAUAAUGCAAAUAUGUUACCCAGGGAUGACCCUCAUCAUGGCAAGUUGUUCAAGGUCAGGCCAUUUUUAGAUCAACUAAAGAACAAUUUUCUAAAAACCGAAGUUGAAGAAUACAAUAGUACUGAUGAACUUAUCAUUCCACUAAAAUCACAUACAUCUCUAUGCCAGUAUAAAGAAUCAAAGCCACACAAAUGGGGCAUGAAAGUAUUUGCUCGAACUGGUGGAAGUGGCUACAUUUAUGAUUUUGAAGUGUAUGUUGGGAAGGGAACAAUCACUGCAAGUAAUCCUGAGUUAGGAAUGAGUGGAAAUCAGUACAGCUUAGAAAUGAAGGAAUAUAUGUUGUGGGAACCAUCAGAAAAAACAGUGAAAAAUGAUUCAGAGAUGAAAAAAGAAGACAGAGGAACCUGUGAUUACCGUGUAGAUGAAGAAAACAAAAUUAUAACUUUGAAAUGGUAUGACAGUAAAGCUGUCCAACUGAUUGCUACUUAUAAAGGGAAGGAACCUGUUGGAAAUGUGGAACGUUGA